GAGCCGCUAAUUUUAGCCUAAAUACGUGUCACUUGUCAAGCCUACCAACAGUCAGAUUUUGUGAUGUACGUGUCGUUGUUGUAAUGUGCCGGUGAUUUCCACAAUAAAAUGCAUUUCAAACUUCUACUAUUAGCUGCACUCGUACUUUUAUUCAGCACCGCCACACAUGCAAGCGUUGGAGGUUACAUCUGCCCCAAUGAUCGAAAAAAGUUAUUGACUGUCUUAGUUAAGGCUCUAAUCAACGUUGAGGGCGACUUUUCAACGCCCUAUUAUGGCAUUAAAGGCUUUAAGGCUCUUAACGAACAAGUGGCGGCUGUUCUAGUCAAAGAUAAUUGUGCACACAUAAAGAAAUACUACAAAGCUGACUGCACUCCUGAGGAAAAUUUCCAGGGUUUGUCGGCCUGGAACUUGCUGGGGUGUUCGGGAAAACUUCACACUGAUGCCACAAUUACUAAUUUGCGAACUGUGCUGGAAAGUGACAAAUCCACAACAUCCGACAUUCGAUACGCCGCUGAAACCUUGAAACUGCUAGGGGCCGCAAUCCCAAAUGGGGCUAAAGUGGCCCAACUCAUCCAAGCCAAGUUAAAGGAAGACGACAGUUUGCAAAGUUUGGGUCAUGCACUACACGCAGCCGCCCUUUUGGGCACCUCCGGCAACUUCAUCCAAGACCGCAUUGAAGAAGUGGUCGUCCAAGCGGACGAAGUCGAUGGAAAACUCCUCCAGUGGGAAGGGGGCCUCACCACCACCUCCCUCCUCAUAACCGGUUUGCUCCGUUUUCCCGGGGCCAAGCCCCUCAACGCCCAACAGGCCGAAAAACUGGCCACUUACUUACUCACCCGUCGAACAGUCCAGACCCCCAAGGGGGCCCUAGCUUUGCUGGAAGCCACCACAAGUUUGGCUUCAAGCGACAUCUCCCCUGUCAGCAUCACAAUCGCGGGGCCCGCUCAAGUCACCUUGGACAAACCGGAGCUUAAAGUGCACAUUUCGGAUAUUCUAGGCAGGGCUUUGAAGGCGCCCCCGACGCCAGUCGUGGCCCAAUCUGCGACACGCAUCACCGACGAUGUCGUGGUCUUGUCCAAGCAGCCCCUCAGCCCUGGGGGCACCCCAGUUGAGUUCGUUUUGCCCCUGAGACUCGAACCGGGGCAAUAUCGCAUUGCGCUGACUGCGGGGUCACAUUCCACCACUCUGACCGUCAGGGUUUUGGGGCCCGUGACGCUCGAGUGGCUGCAGAUCGGGCUGGGGGACGCCGACGGCAGUGCAGCCCCCAGGCUCACCAAACUAACACAUCCUUCGAAAUUGCCCAGUCCGUUACGUGCAGAUUCAAGUCAUCACCUUGUUGCGAAAUUUGCAAUUUCCCGAGUGGUGCAUCAAGCAUUUUUGCGGCUUUAUUCCGGUAAAAAAGAGAUUAUUUUUGUUGCUGAGCCUGACAACAGUAAGUUGUACAAAAUCAGUGUUAAUUUAGCGUCAGAAUUGGCGCAUUCGGGCACUUUUGAAAUGGAAUUGAUUUUGGGAGACUCUGUGAUGAGUAACCCCAUUCGGUGGGUCAUUGGUACGAUCGAAGUUAGUUUGAGUACACCUGAGCCGGAGAAAAAAUCGCUCAGAGGCCCCAAACCCGAGAUUAAGCAUCUGUUCAGACAGCCGGAAAAACGACCAGCGGAAGUUGUGUCAAUGCUCUUCACCGGUUUGACGGUUUCCCCCUUGCUACUGUUGUUCGUUUUGUGGUGGAAAGUUGGGGUCAAUUUUGGCGGUUUCACCACGCUUUCGGUACCAUUCCAUGUCGGUUUUGGGGGCAUUUUGUACUUGUUUUUCCUGUUUUGGUGGAAACUAGACAUGUUCACCACUUGUGCUUGGUUGAUUCCAAUCGGAGGUUUCACGUUUUUGGCCGGUCACAAGUUACUGAGCCAUGUCGCAAAACACAAAAAAGCUUGAGCUGUGCAAUUUUUGCAAUUUGAGUGUCCAAUUUUGUUGUUUGAAUUGUUUAAUUUGCCCACCGGCAAUUUGUAAAGACUUUUGUAAUAAAUAAAAUACAGUACGUGUA